AUGAACCCUUCAGGAGAGACACCUGCUAGGUGGCAAAGAUGGCUCCAAGACCGCCGUUCAAGGGAGACUUUGCCCCAGUUAUUUAUAUCAAGUGAUUCUCACCGUGCCUUCGGGCGGGCAUACUUGUCAGAAGGAGAGGCUAGAACAAAAGAAGCCAUUGAUAUAUCUACGCAAAAGCUACGGGAGGUGUUUCAUAAACGAGAUUCGUGGAAGAGCAAACGAAAAGGCGCCAAGAGUUUGCAACGCUUUCUGGCUGCUUUUUCAACCUUUAUAGAUGAUUAUUCCGGGAUAAUCGAGAUUUUGAAGCUUGUGGACAAUCACUUCGGAGCAAUCGCUUAUUCCACAUUGUCUGUUUUGUUAAAGAUGACACUGCAAAGAAAAUACACGUCCACCUGGAAGAAUGCGAGAAAGUAUCAAUCAUCGUUUCACAAGAGCGCCUACGAAUUGUUGAAGAUCGGACUACUGGUGAUUUUGCACCAUUGCAAUCUUGCAGUGCUAUCUAAUGACAUUUCAAUAGCAAUUACGAAGGCCAACCAGCAAACUGAACUCAACAAGAUCUACCAGUUGUUUCGGCCUAGUCAAGUCGACCCAUUUACAAACAAAAUUUAUACGAAGGCUCUUCAAGAGCCGUCCGGUUCUCCAAAGCAUUACCGGAGAUUUACCUUCGAUCUCCUUCUUUCCGAACCUACUUACGUCCGCUGGAAAGAGACAAAUAAGUCCUCGCUACUUAUCUUGAAAGGUAGAACGAUCUCGCAAAGAGAUGGCCACUCGUGGCUUUCACUCUCCAUAUUAGGACUGAUAGAUAAUCUGAAACCCUGGGGGCCAAUCAGCUACUUUGUCCAGACUGAUCCCUGGCAGCACUGCGCGCCUCCUGCUUACCUGGUGCUGACAAACAUCAUAUGGCAACUACUCAAAUCUAAGCCAGAAAUUUUGGCAAAACCAGGUAUCAAGACCGACAUUGAGGAGGAAAUGCAGCACACCCGUUGGCAGGCCAAACUGCCUUUGGAUCCUUGCAAAGUACUAACAAGACUGCUGAGUUUUUUUCCCACCACAUACAUACUUUUGGAUCGUCUGGACCGCUGCAGCUGCAGCUUCGAUAACCUCUUAGACAUUUUGUUGAAUGUGGUCAAAGAAGCUACGUCGGUGGUUAAAAUAUUUGCCAUUGUUGAUGAGGAUAAUGCGGAAAUUGAGAAUUACGAGGACUCUUAUGAUCAGCUGGAGGUCAUCACCCUUCACCAAAGUCAAGAUAGGGUUACAAGCUGA